UGUAUUUAGAAUCUAGGUUUAGCUGACCCAGCAGUUGACUUAAUGAACCUGAUUUUGGACAAUUUUUUCCUUAUAAUUCUUAGUAGCUAAGCAAGGCCUUUAGCUAUUUGGUGGUGAUCUUGUUCAAGUUUAGAGUUUUCUGAAGGUUUCAAAGGUUUGGUGAAAAUGGACAAGAAUUUGAUGGACAAAGUUACUGCCUUUGGUGAACUCCUCAAGACUGAAGGAGCCGAGGUGGGCAGAAAGAUGAGCGCUGGCAUGAGCUCGAUGAGCUUUAAGGUGAAGGAGCUCUUCCAAGGCCCGAACCCUGCUGAUAAGCUUGUUGACGAUGCCACCUCAGAGGCCCUUGAUGAGCCUGAUUGGGCCUUGUUUCUCGAUAUCUGCGACAUGAUCAACCAUGAAAAAAUUAGCGGUGUUGAAUUGAUUCGUGGCAUAAAGCGGAGGAUGAUGUUAAAGAACCCUAGGGUUCAGUAUUUGUCCCUGGUGUUGCUUGAAACUUGUGUCAAGAAUUGCGAGAAGGCAUUUUUCGAGGUGGCAGCUGAGGGGGUUCUUGAUGAGAUGGUUAAGCUUAUUGACGAUCCUCAGACUGUAGUUAAUAACCAGAACAAGGCUUUGAUGCUUAUUGAAUCAUGGGGGGAAUCAACCGAUGAGCUCCGCUAUUUACCUAUUUAUGAAGAGACUUACAAGAGCUUAAAAUCAAGGGGUAUUCGCUUUCCUGGUCGUGAUAACGAGAGCUUGGCACCUAUUUUUACCCCUCCUCGUUCAGUUUCUGCAGCAGAAGUAGAUGCUAGUCUUGCAAAUCAGUUUCAACAUGACAUGCAGCUUCAGCAUGAUGCUCCUCUCCAAACCUUUACCGUCGAACAGACUGAGGAAGCAUUUGAUGUAGCAAGAAACAGCAUCGAGCUUCUUUCAACUGUGUUAUCCUCAUCACCACAACAAGAUACUCUUGAGGAUGAUUUGACAACUACGCUUGUCCAGCAAUGUCGACAGUCCCAAUCCACUGUUCUAAGAAUCAUCGAUACUGCUGGAGCCAACUCAGCCCUGCUUUUCGAAGCUUUGAAUGUGAACGAUGAGAUCCAGAAAGCUCUUUCAAAGUAUGAAGAAUUGAAUAUGCCAUCAGCGGUUCGUAGUGAGCCAGAACCUGCUAUGAUUCCCGUGGCUGUCGCGCGUGAUGAUUCACCCCAUCAUGCGAGAGAAGAUGCAUUGAUUAGAAAACCAGCAGGUACACGACAAGGGACUAACGGGGGAAGCAAUGACGACAUGAUGGACGAUCUCGAUGAAAUGAUUUUUGGUAAGAAAGGUGGAGGUUCAUCCGAAGAUUCAAAGAAGCAGCAAGGAACUAAAGACGAUCUAAUCACACUCUGAUUGAUACUCAACUCCAUUCCAUAGUUUAUGACAGAAGGCCUGUGUCGGGUCAUUGUAGGCAUUUUUUGGAAUCAAAAACUGGGGACGAACACAGAUUUUUCUUUCGCAUUUGUUGUUCCGUAAAAUACAUACUUGGAUUUGUUAUGUGUAUGGCUAUUGGCUAUCAUAUUGAUGGUUUGAUGACA